AUUUAGGAAAGCAAGAUGUCUGAUAAGACCAGGGAAUCUGAUAAGACCAAGACUCCUGAUAAGCUUGACAAGUUUCUCGCUGGUAGAGAUAUUACUCUCAACUGUCUCAUUUCUAAUGAGAAAGUGAAUGAUAUUUUUGAAGUAAUGAUAUCUAACACUAACAACAAUAGAGUCUCUUCUCUCGCGGAGGUAAUCAGAAUCUGUCAUCUAGAUCGAUUUCAAGAUAUAGAUUCGACCAAUGUGGCUUUAUAUAGGGUCACAUUUAUAGCUGAUAGUGUCAUAAUCAACAGCUUAAGAAACAUCAGUGAAUUUGAAGUAAAAGGUGCAAUAAGAAUGGAAUUGCAAGACACAAUUUUUACUCAUUUUCCUAUACAACCCCAACGUAUCUUUGGUGGUGAAAAGAGAAUCAAUGUUAUCAUGUACCCUCCCGCUGAAAGGAUGCUGAAAGUACUAAACAAAAAUAAUUAGACUUUUUUUAUUCGUAUCAUGUAGCGAUAGUAUAUUCACAAUUUUAUGUAUUGGCCAGCUUGGUCCCUUUAGGACCCUUCUGGCAACGUUUUAUUUCAUAAAUAAAGU